GCGAAGACAAAACGACGUCGAUGACGGAUGGCCGAAAUUUCACUUCAAAACGACAAACGAAAGGAAAUUUACGACGAGUGUGAAGUGGAAAUCGCGGAAAAUAUGUUUGCAGAAAUUUCAUAUUAACUUUGCGCGGAAAAUGUGAAAAACUGUGCUAUUUAGUUGACAUCUCUGCAAUCAACUAGACGCGAGUGCUCGUAUGCCAGUAAAACUUUCCAUCAGCGAAAAAUCAGUGAAAAGAAAAGUCCUUUACGUAUACUCUCCUGGUGAGAAAAUAAAAGAAUUUAGGGUAGCAGCAGGUCUGACCCCGUGGCCUUGAUCCGAGUGCGCGAAUGGGACGACGUUGGUGGUUGAAACAGUAUGAGCCAUCGAAACAACGAUAAUGUUCCGUGGAAUAAUCGGAACCCACGGAAUAAUAACGACGGAGGUGGUGGUGGUGGAGGGGGUAAUUAUAAAGCUGGAAAUUGGGGAGGAAACACUAGGUACGGAGGACCGGAUAACCGAUAUAACAACAACAACAAGGACCGCCGCAACUAUCGCGGAGGGUACGGUGGUGGAGGUGGUGGCGGUCGGAGAAGCUAUGAAGACCGACGACCCUAUCGGAACAAUUCGUGGAACAACAAUAACGGCGGACCGGAUGGAGGGUAUCCCCGCUAUCAAAACAGCUGGCACCAGAAAAAUGGCGCUGGGACCAAGUAUAAUAUGGGUUCACAACUGCCUCAAGAGUCGGAAGUUAUGCAGCAGCAGAUUCCCCCCUUGAUGAUUGAUUUUGAUGAUAGUGCUCCACAAGGGCAGCAAAAUCAGGAAAAGGGUGCACAAUUAGAAGCAAAUGACUCCGUAAAUGGUAAUGAAAUCAGACCCGAAGGAAACAUUACUGAAAGCAAUACUAACAAAUCAUGGGGACAGGAAGGUUUUGUCAGUCCCGUAGAUGGUUUUCAAGGAUUCACGGAUGAUGAUUUUAUAAAGGCUUCGAACGGAGGCUUGGAUUCGAGGGCACCCUCCGCAAAGCAGGACAAGGGCGAUAUGUCGCUGCAGGAAAAUGAGCUUAGAACACUAAUUGUGGACGAAGCAAUGAAAAUAAUUUCAGACGCAGAGCAGCCUUCGUGUUCCAACGCAGCAUCCCAAAGCAGUACCCCAACUACAAGCGCGGCUGCGACUGUCCCCACGGCUUCGGCCAGCAAUCAAUCAAACCCCGAACGUCGAGCUUCAAUUGAAAGAAGUGCCGAGCAGGUGACUCGCAAGCUGAUCAAUCAGCUCACCUCGAUGAACAAGCACAGCCUGAAACAGGUAAUCAACAAUCCAGACAGCAAGUAUGAAACGGCGUUGAAGACCCACGCCCGACAAAAGUUGCGCGCCGAAGUGCGACGGCAGUUAAGGAACUUUAAUUUGAAUGAUAACACGGCACAGACGAAGACUUCCUGCGGUAUGUUGGAACCGGACGAGUGCGUUGAUUCCGAUAAGAUUCCGGAAGCUUUAUUGGAGCAAAUUGGAAAGGUGCUGGAUCUAAAUCUGUUGGAUUUAAAUGUAACGGAGGAGCCUGAACCAACUACAGCGGGAGGAGAUGAGGAUGAUUGUGUAAUGCACACUGGCGAUGUGGAUUAUUCCGCAACGGAAGUACUGGAUAAAAACCUACGACUCACGGAUGAGGAUGAUCAGUUCGAUACGGUCGAUUUGUUUGCCCGAGCUGAACUCCUAUUGAUGAAGGGUAGCGAGUCCGUGAGGCAGGGUAAUUCAUCGUGUCCCAGUUCACCCACCGAUGAAAUGUUUCCCAAUGAGCAAAUAGAUUCGAUCGUUAGUGAAGAUAAUAAUGCAGACGCCAAUGAUGCCGAACCCGAUACAGAUCUCGAUGGCGAUCCAGAUCAAGAGCAGAUCGAAAAAAUGCUCGACGAACGUCUGGCUCCUAAUUUCCCUUGCUUUCUGAGAGUCAGUACAGUAGAAGAGUUGAACAAAAAAGUGGAUGAUCUACCUGUUCCCAUGGAAGAACCAGAGACGCCAGUUGCAGACCACUCAACGUCUAAUGUAUUGUCGAAGGAACAGUUGAAUGAGCCAACCAGUUCUAAUACUCCUUCAGAUGUCGCGGUAUCACCAACAACUGUUGCUCCAGAACAGCCAGAAACACAGAUUUCAACAGAUGAGAUAGCACCUGUCACCGCUGAUGAUCAAUCGAAUUUAAUUGAAAGCAUUUUGUUACCUGUUAAAGAAGAUGUUGAAGAGCCAGCGACAGUUGAUGAGACGACGGUGGUGUCAAUUGAGGUCGCACCUAAACAAGAAUUGAGUACAGAAUUGGUAACUAUUUCAGAAGAGGACAAACCAGUUGAAGAAGCACCUAAGCGAGAUAGCGAUCCCAGUGCUCCUUCACCCGAGAAAGCAAUCACCCCUGAACAACCUCCAGCUGCAACUAUCAGGGCACCUACACAUCCCGAGUUAGCUGCCCGCAAGCCGAAGGGUUCUAAAACCUACAAACCGAAUCUCGUCCAGCAUGAACACUCUAAACGAGACGGUGGUAAAUCUACGGAAUCACCAUCACGAUCGUCCACUGCGUCCAACAAUGCAACAUCUUCCAAAGCAAUCACGAAGACCUCCAGCUCGUCGAAUCUCAACUCGUCCAAACAGAAUAAACACCAAAAUAACAGCAAUAAUAACACUAACAGCACCGACAAAAACAAUUCCAGUAGUAGUAGUAGGGGACGGAGUAGGGGAAGAAGAGAAACAGCCACUAGUCAAGCCACGAAAGACAAUUCCGUCGGUUCAAGCGAUACUGCAGCUGCCAAGAAGGACACCGAUGAAUGCCCUCCGAGUGCGACCCCAUCAACAGCUUCGAUGCAUUCGGCAGCAAGCUCUCCCGCCCAGCAAUCAGCGACGGAGCAACCACCUCCCCAGCGGUCUGCGAGAGCUAAAACGCCAGGCCCAUCACUAGCCGGUGGGCCCAUGGACCAUUCGUCGCCGCUCGGGGUGAAGAAGAAAAAGAAAAAACGCAAUAAACGUAAGGAUCGCUCUCCUCCGCCGGACAUGGGCAUGGUGCUGGAAUGUGACCUGCGAAUUUCUAGACCCGCCGUAACUCCCACACCACCUCCAGUGCAAUCGCGUGAACCGUCAUCGUCAAAAAAAAGUGUCGACCCGGAGCGGAGCGGCAGUAGCAGUAGCAAUAAACCAUCACGGGAAACGCGCGCCAAAUCGGCCGAUCCUAAAUUCUAUAACGAUUCUAGGAAAGAGCGUCAGAAGGAGAGGGACAAAGAUAAGCAACGGAGUAGGGAAGACGACAACAAAAAAGGUAGGAACAAAGAAGAUAAGAAGGACCAUGAUAAGGAUAAAGAUAAAAAUAAGCAAGAAAAAAUGGCGGAAAUUGUGACUGACAACGGUACUACCGCGAUAGAAACAGGGAAAACAGAUCGGAACGUGCGUAAAAAAUCACCCUUGUCAAAGUCAGCUGGCAAAUCAUCCAUUGACGCAGCUAAAAAUUCCGCUAAGGAUGACGUCAAAGAAGAUCCAAAGGAAGAGGUUGCUGUACAAAAAGAGAAAGAAUUGCCAAAAGAUCCUGCUAAAGAUGAACAAGACUUGAAGGUAGAGGAGUUUCCUUGUGAAAAGGAUAGCAUACCCAAAGACAAGGGCUUGGAUGUUCCUGAUGGCAAUGAAACAAGCAGGCCAGUCGAAAUACAAGAAAAUCACGGGGCGCCUGAAAUUCCUGCUGAGCAGGAUAAACCAGUAAAACCGGAAAAAAAGAAAAAGAAGAAAAGCCUAUUGAAAGGACCGAACUUGAUUAAAGGUCGACGAGAAGUAUUGGUAGAGCCGGAGACGCAAGAGACUCAAGAGCAACAAAAACAAAGCGACGAUGUUAUAAUGGUCAUUGAAUCCACUCCUUCGCCAUCAAGACAAAGUGAACCCGAUGAACCACCACAAACUCGUGCUAAACAAAAAGACACGAAGCAAUCACAUCCAGCAGCUGCAAUACCACAAGUUGAACAUCCAAUGCCUGUGGUAACUUCGACAUCAUCACUCGUUCAGAGAACGGCUUCUCCGCGACCGUGGAAAUCUCCGGGAGAGAAGAAACUAAUCCCACCCGCUAUUACAAACUUGAUCACUCAGCAUCCAAUGUCUCCGCCACCGUCCGAGCGAGCACGGAAAACUCCUACUCCAACACCACCUUCUCCAGUUAUGUCCCCGGAACCACCGAUUCAUCUUCAACGCGCACAUCUAUCAGCUUCACCCGUCAUCUCCGUAGCCCAGUCAGAUGUUAUUAGCAGAAUGCCUCUUCAAUCAAGCCUUGCUCCUUUGGUUACUCCACCAAUGGGCACCUUUGCGCCAGUUAUGACCCUGUUGAACCAAAUGCAAGAGAUUGACAACAAAAUGAGCGAAUUCCAAAGGCGUAAGAUGCAAAUCGACAGUGACAUGAUGCGACUCAAUUCCGAGAAGUUCCAAAUUGAUCAGAACUCCAUGCAGCUCCAGAACGAAAGAUUCAUGCUUUUAAAUACCCUACGAGCUGCUUUGGUAGAGUGUGAGCUCACGACGAUAGCUUCCAUGCAGAGUGUUUCCCACAUGUCGGUAGCCGCGACCAGUCCAACGGUGGGAAAUCGUAGAAGAAAUCCUGAACCAGAACCGGAGCUGGCUCCCAGGACCAAACGUAGGAAAGAAAACCAUCAUGAAGCGGCUUCCAGUACCCCGCAAUCCUACCGACAAGCAUCAGUGACUGCGUCAUCAUCUGUUACCGAUCUCUCCGAAACGGAAGAACCGCCUACCCCAACAAGCGCCGCGGCAGGCGGUGAGCGCACCAUUCGUCGUAUAACGAAAAUAAGUGGAAAUACCGAAAUUUUGAAGCUGUUCCAAAGAAGACGUCUGAUUUCGGAUCGCUCUGCUGAAGAAAGUCAACCGGAAGAUAAUGGAGCACCGUGCAUCACGACGGAUACGGUCCUCGAAGUUGCAGUCGAAAAGCCUGUACCAGCUAAGCGCCGUAGAACACGCACCUAUGGUGGGGGUCAGACCGAAGUGCUCAGUACCGUAACUCGGUUACGUAGUGAUUCAACUAGAUCGAUUGAGUCGGGAAAAUCGAUUGAAAUCAUCGACCAACCACCACCAGCAACUUCUGCAACAAAACGAUUGAAGAGGGACGAAGAGAUUCCCUUAGCAGUGCAUCGGAAUAUUUUACCGCGUGAAGUUAAGGUAGUGGUUAACAAGCUCAACGUGGCUGGUAGGCGCGGUCCCAGCGAAAGCAUUUGAUCGGCGGGUCGACGAUCCUUGCGAUCAACUUCAGAAAAGCAAGUCAAUGACGAAUUUCAUUAAGUAGGGUUUUCAAAUACUUAAUCUUCUUUCUUUAAUACUAUUUUGGACUGUUAUGAAACAAUUACAAAAUACAACCUUCCCAUCUUUGGAAUCUAGGAACUAACAAAAAUGCCUUGGAAUUAUAAAUAUGCAACUGUCUAACACUAGUUUACUUUCAUACUUUUUGUUAUAUCAUUUGCUUUUGAACAAAGCCUUCAUCGUUUAUUGUAAAUAGACUGACUUGUACGUUUAGGAAUGCAAAUCCUUCAAUUAAUGAAAUUAUUACAAGGGACGAGUCUCAUGCUAAGCUAAGUAUGUAUUGCCUCAUGCCUGUGUUGUUGUGCAACAAGCAGAAAGGAGGGGUAAUUUAACUGCGUUAAGAAUGUACCUAUCUACCCAAUCUAAUAUUUAAGCAGAGAAGUUGAUGUAACUGUAAUCGUAACUGCCGCGAACCGUCAUCAUCUGGUUAUCACGAAUCGGACCGCGGGUGAUCCCUUCUAUGGCCAUGUUUAGGGGCUGAACAAAAAAUAGUUUGAGUAGCUAUUUGCAGAAAAUAAGCAUAAGCUGGAAAAUUAUAGUAGAAUUUAUACAAGCAAGUCGGAAGUGCAACGAAAUACACUUCAAAUUGUCAAUGUCAAAAAAUAA